AUGACGGAUAAUCUUCACCGGAAUUUACAAGAGUUAGAUUUGGGUGUGGAAGAUGAACCAGUGGCGCUACCUCUGGAUGUGGUCAACCAAGCAGCAGCAGAGAACCGUUUCAUCAUCAUUGGGCGUCCUGUAAUCCCAAGGCGUCAAAACAUUCGUGCGAUUAUUGCGGCUUUACCACGACAGUGGGGACAUGCAGGGUUGGUCCAUGGAAGAAUUGUUGAAGGAAGGCGGUUCCAGUUUGUGUUUCCAUCCGAGGAAUCAAUGGAGAAUGUCCUCAGGAGAGGUCCCUGGGCGUUUGCUGAUCGGAUGCUCAUAAUGCAAAGGUGGUCUCCUCUGUUUAACCCUUUGAUGUUGAACUUCAUUCCCCUCUGGAUCCAGAUAAGGGGAAUACCGCUCCAGUAUAUGAACCAAGACGUAAUCAUGCACAUAGGACGCGCGAUGGGGCAAUACAUGGAUGUGGAUUACAAUGCUGAGACGGCAGUUCGUGUGGAGUAUGCUCGUGUCAGAGUUAAUUGGGAUGUUGAUCUCCCACUUCGGUUCCAGAAGAACUUCCAGUUCACUCCAGGAGUCAACACUCUCCUCAAAUUCCGCUAUAAGAGGUUAAGGGGCUUCUGUGAGGUAUGUGGAAUGCUCACGCAUGAUUCGGGUAGUUGUUUGAUCCAAAAUGGUGGAAUGGAUCAUGACUCUGAGGAUGAUGAUGAAGAUGAUAAUGAUGAACCACUACUUGUUCCUCUGGCGGAACAAGGAGUUCAGAUUCAUGACAUCCAUGAGAUGAAUGAGGAGAAUGAAGUACCCAAUGGGGUAGAGUAUCAGGUAAUGGAAGAUGAUGAAGAAUACAAUACGGAGCCGUUGGGAGACAUGUUUUCAGGAGAAUUGGAGUCCAGUGAGCUUUCCAAUCCGAUUCCAAUCUACUCUAACUCCACAGGAGACAUUGCAGGGGAUGAUGCACGUCAAGGCAAGAGAAUCAUGGAGGAACCAGAUGAGAGUUCCAUGCAAGCGUUAUAUGAUAGCUUUCCUCCAUGAUCCAAGU